AUGGCGGUCAAUACUGCAGCUACCGCGGCCUCACCACUCUUCCGUUUGUCCCGCGAGCUUAGGGACGAGAUCUACAAGUACGCUGUCGUCGAGGAAGUCAUCAUCCUACAAGGAACCAGUAUUGCGGAGCCUGGCCUGCUUCAAGUCAGCAAGCAGGUCCGCGCAGAGACCACCCCAAUUUUCUACAACAGAUGCGACUUCUUGGCCGAAGUUCGCGACUACGACUUCAGCAACCUCAAGCGUAGCCACGUACGCCUCCGAAAGUACGCUCGCCUUUUUGUUACCAAUCUCGAAUACAAUGCUAUGGGCAUGAUUCCGCAUUGGCCGAACUUGCUUUGCUUUCUGGAAGAUACGCAUCGCGACUGGAGGCCCAACAUCAACAUGAUGAUUGGUGAUGGGACUGGAUUUGGCGCCGAGGAAGUGGUACUCGAUGUUCUGUUCUCGUUAGUGAGGAGGUUGAGGGGCGUAUUCUGA